AUGAUGAUUAUAAGAAUUAUGAUCCACCUAGGGAACCAUCAUGUUAUCGUUGGACAAGAUUCUUUUCUCUUCUUCUUAUUUAUAUUAUGAUAAUUUAUUUCAUUAUCGUUUUCAUUUUGAGUUUCACUGAUACACCGUUUUUACAAAUGUAUCGAUCGAACGUCAAGAAUAUACCAAUUCCUGAUUCUUCUGGCGCCACCUCCUCCUGUAAUAGCCAAUUGUCCAAUACCACUGAAUCCGGUUAUAAUCUUUUUCUUUAUUAUGACCAAGGUGCCAAUUAUACUGAUGGAACUUUUUUGGACAUGCCCACUGGUGUUAAUUUCCAAAUUUCCGCAAAUAAUUCAUUCCCAAAUGAUACAUUUCCGACAUUGUCAUCAUACCCACUCAUGGUAUUCAUUGAUCAAGAUUUAGCUACUAGUUUUUUUAGUAACCCUGGAUCAAAGUUCUCUGAUGUUUUUAUAGCUGAUCUCAAUAAUGUAUACGUGCUUUCACCGUACCAGAGACAAGUUUUAUGGUUUGAUCGAGUUCAACAUACACAACUUGAUGCAGCUUCAAAGAGAGGCGUUUUAUCUAUUGCAAAAAAAUCAAAAAACCUUGCGUUUAGUUUUUUCGAGCUUUCAACAAGGAUCCAAUCUCUUAGUCCGCUAAACCCGCUGAGUAUUAAUCCAUCUCAAUUUACGGCUACUUUGGAAAUGUAUAAUCAAUCAUCAACCUUAACUGCUUAUAAGGAAACAGA